GAUGCUCUACCUCAGGGGCUUCACUGUUUUUGUCUGUUGUGUGGUUCUCUUUGUCAAGCCAAGCCAUGGCUCUGAGAUCAUUGAAGGUGAAGAAGUGACGCCUCACUCCCUGCCUUUCAUGGCGCUGCUGACGGACAAACGUUUUAUCUGUGGAGGGAUACUGAUCAGUCCAAAAUGGGUCCUGACUGCAGCCCACUGUGCAAAGGUUUCGUUUACGGAGGUGAUGCUGGGAGUUCAUGCCAUCAAUGAAAUAGAAAAAGAUUCUCGGCAGGUAAUACAGGUGAAGAGAUUUCCUCAUCCCUGUUAUGAUGAGGGUGAAAAAGCCAACGACCUCAUGUUGCUCAAGUUGAAAAAAAAGGUGAAGAAAACCAAGACGGUGCAGUGGCUUGAGUUGGGUAACAACAUCAAAUACCCGGCAGCUGGCUCAAACUGUCUGGUGGCUGGAUGGGGGAAGACAAACAACAUCGCCAAGCAGAUGUCCAAUGUUCUGAUGGCCGUCAAUGUGACCGUGAUUGAAAGGGAGAAGUGCAACUCGCCUCAAUAUUACAAUCUGAAACCUUUUAUCACCAGCAGCAUGAUUUGUGCCGGUUCAGACGGCAAAAACCAUGCAGACACCUGUCAGGGGGAUUCAGGAGGACCACUGUUGUGCAAUGGACAGCUUGUUGGAGUGACUUCUUUUGGAUGGAAGUGUGGUGUUAUCAAAAAGCCUGGAGUGUAUUCUUUUCUCUCUGAGAAACAACUCAGCUGGAUUAAGAAGACCAUGAAGAAGUCUGAUGUAUAAUCAUUACAUCCUGCAGACUUUUUUGUAUUUUUAAGUUAACCUUUAGAUUCUCUUUUGUAAUGCCAGAUCAUUUGAAUGAACUCCUUCAGCAAUUAAAUCAUGUAAGCAACAUUCACCACUUACUCUAUCAGAUAAGCCGGCUUGUCUAUGCCUGUUUUAUGUCCACAACUUUAAAUACUUUAUUCUAAGUGGUUUAUGUGCCAUGCUUAUAAUUGUGAACUGUGUCAGCUGUCCCACAGGAGGCCCAACAAUCAGGGGACUACACCAAAAUAGUGAACAGGCAGUUGUGGUGCUAAGAAUUGUGUCUUAUUUUUCUGAUAGUUUGGUAAAGGUUGGUCCUUUUUUCUAUCAUUUUGUUGACUUUUUGACUUCAUGUUUUUUUCAACCUAUAACAAUAAAAGAAAAUAAUGUAGCCCAGCCCUCCCGCCUGAUCUGACAUGGUGACCACUGAAACAGAAAAAUCAAUUAGAUCGCAAGAAAGUAUCAAAGUGGCAUUUAACAUGCA